AUGCCUCAGGGUCACAAGGAUAUUCAGCAACCCCAAUGGCAGGAACGUCCUGACGGUUACUGGGAACUAAUUCCCGGUGAUGGCAUCCUAUACUACCGUGGAGUCGACGAACGGUUGUAUCGGGUCCCGAGGAUUAUGGACCUAAUAGGACAAGCUGGCCCUGAUAUUCGCGAUCAAAUUGCUCAUUAUAUCAUGAAUAAUAUCUUCUACAAUAAUCUGGGAGAAAUAGUAGAAAUCACAGGGGCAACUGUCACGGAGCCUGUACAUAUAUCCAACAGCAUAGAUCCAUAUUCAUCUUAUGGCCCUCACUGGACAGUGCAGCUUACGAACUCGACCUUAUGGAACAACGGAGGUAGAACCCAUUUACUGCACUUUAGGCCGCAAAACAUCAAUUAUUGUUAUUUCUUCAACCGUAGUAUAAUUCGAAAAGGAGUUGAGAAGCUCCAGGGAAGAAGACUAUUGAACAGGUAUAGAAAGAAGGACGGAAGAGACCCCAAAGGCGGGCCUGGAGGGGGGGCCGGGGCGGCCGGCAGCUCCUCUGAGAAGGACGGAAGCAAGCAUGAUGGCUCUCAUCAGCAUUCUCAAAAUAGGGGUAGUUCAUCGUCCUCAGGCCAGGUGUAUUACCAGUCCUACGGCAGUAAUAGAUGCAUCUGGGGGCUGUUCCGUUCUCUAGAAAGAUGUCUAUUGCAGUCCGUCUGCUUGUUCCACUACUAUGGUGCAGUAACUUCCACGAUAGCGCUUUUCAGGGUAAAAUAG